AUGUUUCUAUCGGCAUUACUGAUUAUUACUGUAAUUCUCAUUUUAUUAUACUUAUUAAAAAUUUAUUAUUGGAGUGGUGGAUCAUUCAAAUCAGACCAACGUCUUGAUGGGAAAUAUGUUAUUAUCACUGGUGCUAAUACAGGCAUUGGUAAAGCGACAGCAACAGAUCUUGUACAAAGAGGUAUUAUAUGUGGAUAUUAUAAAGAUCGAACUGAUAAAAAAUGUUUUCUUAUUGGUUUAGGUGCUCACGUUAUAUUGGCAUGUAGAGAUCGUCAACGUGCACAGACAGCAGCUGAUGAUAUUCGAAAUAAAACUGGUUCUCAAAAUGUUGAAAUUGAAAUAGUAGACACAUCAUCAUUGGAAUCUGUUAAAAGUUUUGCUAUACGUAUUAGAAAGAAAUUAAAACAUUUAGAUAUACUGAUAAAUAAUGCUGUUGCUCAUAUGGAAAUUCAAUUUGACGAUAUUAAUCUUGAGAAACGUUAUACUCCACUCAUUGGUUAUGCUCAUUCUAAACUUGCCAAUAUUUUGUUUACGCGUGAACUAGCAAAAAGAUUGCAGGGAACAAAUAUAACAGCUAAUUCUCUGCAUCCAGGUGUAAUUGUUACGGAACUUCUACGUUAUAACGAACAACGUAUACCUCCAUUUCUUUAUCCACUUUACUCACUUCUAAAACCGCUAGCGUGGUUCUUUACCAAAAAUGCUGACCAAGGUUCUCAAACUACAAUUCGAUUAGCCGUGGACAAAAAAUUAGAUGGUGUAACGGGAAAAUAUUUUAGUGACUGUGUAGAAGUUGCAACCUCAUCGCAAGCUUCAGAUGAUCAAGCCGCCAAGCGUCUAUGGGAAGUUAGUGAAAAAAUGACACGUUUGAAAGAAGCAGAAAAUGAAUUAGAAUCAAAAAUAUAG